AUGGACAGCCCUGACAUGGAAAUUGAUGACGAUAACUACGAGCCGUCUAAAAACACAAAAUCACCUGCCAAAAAGGAUAAUUUGGAUAACUCAAAAACGGAUAAUACCAAUAAUUCUGGAUCUGAAGAUGAAGCAUCUCCAUCCAAAGAAAAAGAAGGAAAAGUUUUUGGUCACAAAGUUGAAACUGACCGAGGAAAGAGGUUUGAUUAUCUUCUCAAACAAACAGAAAUCUUUGCUCAUUUUAUGACAGCUAAUCAAAAAAAAGAUGGAUCAAGCACUGCUAGUGCUACUGGAAACACACCAAAAAAAGCUAAGGGUAGACCUCGUAAACCUAAAGCUGAAACUGGAGAUUCUGCCGAUCUUCGUCAUCGCCAGACUGAACAAGAAGAAGAUGAAGAGCUAUUAAAAGAGUCAUUGGCAGCAGAUAAGUUUAUCACACAGUUUGAUGAAUCUCCGUAUUAUAUACAGAAUGGUGAAUUACGUGAUUACCAAGUACGUGGUUUGAAUUGGAUGAUAUCAUUGUAUGAAAAUGGAAUUAAUGGUAUUCUGGCUGAUGAAAUGGGUCUUGGUAAGACUUUACAAACAAUAUCACUUUUGGGAUAUAUGAAGCAUUACAGAAAUAUACCUGGACCUCACAUGGUUAUUGUUCCUAAAUCAACAUUACAAAAUUGGGUUAAUGAAUUUAAGAAAUGGUGUCCCACAAUUCGAACAGUUUGCAUGAUUGGAGAUAGAGACACGCGGGUCAAGUUUAUACGUGAGACGUUUAUUCCUGGAGACUGGGAUGUUUGUAUUACAUCUUAUGAAAUGAUUAUUCGCGAAAGAGCUGUAUUACGUAAAAUUCAAUGGAGAUAUUUAGUAAUUGAUGAAGCUCAUAGAAUAAAAAAUGAAAAAAGUAAACUUUCUGAAAUAAUUAGAGAGUUUGAAACUACAAAUCGAUUAUUGUUAACUGGUACACCAUUGCAAAAUAAUUUGCAUGAAUUGUGGGCACUGUUGAACUUUUUACUGCCAGAUGUAUUCAAUUCAUCAGAUGAUUUUGAUCAAUGGUUCAAUACAAACAAUUGCUUUGGGGAUAAUGCCUUAAUUGAGCGACUGCAUGCUGUCUUAAGACCAUUUCUUUUAAGAAGAUUAAAAGCUGAAGUGGAAAAACGUCUAAAACCCAAAAAAGAAGUCAAAGUUUAUGUUGGCCUUAGUAAAUUACAAAGAGAAUGGUAUACCAAAGUUUUAAUGAAAGAUAUAGAUGUAGUCAAUGGUGCUGGUAAAGUAGAGAAAAUGAGACUACAAAAUAUACUUAUGCAGCUGCGAAAGUGCAGUAAUCAUCCAUAUCUUUUUGAUGGUGCAGAACCAGGUCCUCCUUAUACUACCGAUGAACAUAUUGUUUUUAACUGUGGAAAAAUGGUUGUAUUUGAUAAGUUAUUAAAGGCUUUAAAGGAACAAGAUUCUCGUGUACUAGUGUUUAGUCAAAUGACACGUAUGAUGGAUAUUUUGGAGGAUUACAUGCACUGGAAAGGAUAUAAUUAUUGUCGCUUGGAUGGUCAAACCCCUCAUGAAGAUCGCCAACGUCAAAUUAAUGAGUACAAUGAACCGAAUAGUAAAAAGUUUGUUUUUAUACUUUCUACGCGAGCCGGUGGUUUAGGUAUUAACUUGGCUACUGCAGAUGUUGUUAUUAUAUAUGACUCUGAUUGGAAUCCUCAAAUGGAUUUACAAGCGAUGGACCGAGCUCAUAGAAUUGGGCAAAAAAAACAAGUUAGAGUAUUUCGUCUUAUUACUGAAAAUACUGUUGAAGAAAAAAUUGUUGAAAGAGCUGAAGUUAAACUUAGGUUAGAUAAAUUAGUUAUUCAACAAGGCCGAUUGAUGGAUAAUCAGAAAAAUACUCUGAAUAAAGAUGAAAUGUUAAACAUGAUCAGACAUGGUGCAAAUCAUGUUUUCCAAUCUAAAGAUUCUGAAAUUACUGAUGAAGAUAUUGAUACUAUUUUACGGAAAGGUGAAGAAAAGACGGAAGAAAUGAAGCAAAAGUUAGAGUCCUUAGGAGAGUCAUCUUUGAGAAAUUUUACAUUAGAUGCUCAAACAGAAUCAUCCUUGUACACGUUUGAAGGAGAAGACUAUAGAGAAAAACAAAAGUUAACUGGUAUUGGAAAUUGGAUAGAACCACCUAAACGUGAACGCAAAGCUAAUUACGCUGUAGAUGCCUACUUUCGCGAAGCACUCAGAACAUCUGAACCCAAACAACCUAAGGCACCUCGACCACCCAAACAACCAUUGGUUCAAGAUUUCCAGUUUUUCCCUACUCGUUUAUUUGAUUUACUUGAUCAAGAAAUUUAUUAUUAUAGACAAACUGUUGGAUACAAAGUACCAAAAAAUUCAGAAUUAGGUGCUGAUGCAACUAAAAUACAGAAAGAAGAACAAAAAAAAAUUGAUGAAUCUCAACCACUUUCUGAAGCAGAACAAGCAGAAAAAGAAAUUUUAUUAACAAAAGGUUUUACAAAUUGGAAUAAACGUGAUUUUAAUCAAUUUAUUAAAGCUAAUGAAAAAUAUGGCAGAGAUGAUAUUGAUAAUAUAUCAAAAGAAGUAGAAGGUAAAACUGCGGAAGAAGUUAGAGAAUACAGUGCUGUAUUUUGGGAAAGAUGUAAUGAGUUCCAAGAUAUUGAUAGAAUUAUGGGACAAAUCGAAAGGGGAGAAUCCAAAAUACAACGCCGAGCUAGCAUUAAAAGAGCUUUAGAUGCUAAAAUGACAAGGUAUAGGGCCCCAUUUCAUCAAUUGCGCAUUUCAUAUGGCGCAAACAAGGGCAAAAAUUAUACUGAAGAAGAAGAUAGAUUUUUAGUUUGCAUGCUCCACAAACUUGGAUUUGAUAAAGAAAAUGUGUAUGAAGAAUUAAGAGCGGCUAUAAGGUGUGCUCCUCAAUUUAGAUUUGAUUGGUUUAUUAAAAGUCGUACUGCAAAUGAAUUGCAAAGGCGAUGUAACACUUUAAUUACGCUAAUAGAGAGAGAAAAUCAAGAAUUAGAAGAAAAAGAAAGGGAACAGAAAAAACUGCUUAAAAAGAAUUUGAAGCCAGCCCCAUCACCUGCUCCGGUUAAAAAAAAAGCUGACAAGGUUGAUAAAGCUGAUGCUGGAGAUCCUAAAUCACCAGUUCCAAAAAAAAAGAAGAAGUAA